GUUCGGUGGUAUCUGUGGGCUAGGGCUAAAAUGUCUUACUGAUUUGCUUUCCAUUGGCGCCUUCCGCUUUUCUCAUUCCCCGAUCAUAUUGUUUUUGGUUCUUGCCAUUUGGUUCUUUUCUUCCAAUGCAGGUUCUACAUGGUAUUACUGGCCAGAAUGGCGCGGUAUUUGCCCAGUUCGUGUCGACAGUGCGGAUGUUAGCGCAAGGUGAUACGGAGCAGCAAGCUCGCAGCACCGGUUCUCUAACUUUCUUCCAACGCUGGAAGCCCGCGCGUGAACAUGCCAAUCCCUUCAAUUGGCCCAUGCUCCCACAAGCGUCGGCCGAUAUCCUAGCGGCAUGGCGCACGAGUCCAUACCAGCGGCAGUACCUCAACUACAUCUGGAUCAAGGCACAUCACCUCGAAGGCACCUUCCACUUGGCUGGGGAGUCUGCAGAUGCACUCACUCAUUGGGGAUUUGCCCCCCACUUAGUGCGAUGUGAUGCUAGAAGCGAUCUUAAAGACCCUGAGGCCAUCGUUCAAGCGUUAAUUGACCUCGAAGACGCUUUUUCUGCCACCAUUCCAUCCCACGAGCGACCAGAGCUCUUGACCCCCGGACUGAUACAAGCGUUGCACGCCAAGCUAAUGCGUACAUCAAAAGUGAAGAUCAAUGACCCAAUAGUCGGAGGCAUGCAUUAUAUCAAUGCAGGGUUCACCCGCCAGACGACACAGAAAUCAGUGGUGAGACGCAGUCAACAGUAUAAUCUCGCAUUUUGCCCUGCGGAGCGCGUGGACCAGCAGCUGGAGUAUAUAUGUCGGAUGGGGAAGCAAUACAUUGCGCGCUGGAGGAACCCGUUUGCGACGGCUGCCUGGCUUCAUGUCACUUUCGUUAGAUGUCACCCAUUCGAUGAUGGAAAUAGUCGAAUGUCACUCCUUAUCUCGUCUAUCCCGCUUAUGCGUCAUGGAUUCCCGCCGCUCUGCAUCACUCCAUCACUGAGGAGUGUAUAUUAUGAUGCAUUGAACAUUGCCUGGGAAGGCGACUUCCAGCCCCUUAUCAACUGCUUCGUGGACUCGAUGAACUCGAGUCUCGAGGAAGUGCAGCGGAUUAUGGGCGCUGCUUAAUCUCCGCGAUCUGCAACCGGUCGAAGAAGCUCAACUCGUUGCCGAGUUGGUUCUGUGCUUGGUGUUGUGUCAUCAUGGUCCAUUCGAAAAGGAAAAAGAAAGUGUAGAAGUGUUUUACGGUAAUGCGUGUCUCUGUAUGCGUUCUUUGGAUGUUUGUUCGCUGCGUUGGUGGAUUAGGU